AUGUCCCCAGACCCCGCCUUCCAGAAUCACCCACGAACCCGGCCUGAGGUCUCCCGCCCUCAAGGAGGGCGUCGGGGUGCCCGCCCGGCACCGGGCCGGAGGGCGGUGGCUGCGCGGGGCUUCCGCGUCCGGGUCGCGGCGGUGCCGGGAGGCGGUGCCGGCGCGGCGGGGCUGGGGGACACCAUGGCCUUGCGGUGGUGGUGGCGGAGCGGCGCCUGGUGCCGCCGGGCGCCGCCGCUGGGCUCCGUGCCGAGCCCCGGCCCCCGCGUCCCGCCGGCCCCCAGCGCGGCGAUGUGUCACAUUACCCAAAGAAGUUCAACUUUCUCGUUUCCAAAAAUAUGUAGUAUAUUCUGGCGGUUUCAUCAUACGAGUACAUCCCACUGGUGCAGCUGCAGUAAGACAAUUAGUGAUGAAAAAUACCAAGACCCUUUUCAGCUUGGUAGAAAAGACUUGAAGAAUCUCUAUGAAGAUAUUAAAAAGGAGUUGCUGGUCUCUGCAGCAGAACUUAAGGAAAUGUGUGAUUAUUACUUUGAUGGGAAGGGAAAGGCCUUUCGACCAAUGAUUGUGGUGCUAAUGGCUCGGGCUUGCAACAUUCACCAUAAUAAUUCCAAGGAGGUGCAAGCAAGCCAGCGCUCUGUGGCCAUAAUUGCUGAGAUGAUCCAUACAGCCAGUCUAGUUCAUGAUGAUGUUAUUGAUGAUGCAAAUUCUCGCAGAGGAAAAAGGACACUUAAUCAGAUCUGGGGAGAAAGGAAAGCUGUUCUAGCUGGCGACUUCAUCCUCUCAGCUGCUUCUGUAGCUUUAGCACGAAUUGGAAAUACCACUAUCAUCUCUGUUCUAACUCAGGUGAUUGAAGAUCUGGUGCGUGGUGAAUUCCUCCAGCUGGGUUCCAAGGAAAACGAGAACGAGAGAUUUGCUCACUACCUCGAGAAGACUUUUAAGAAGACGGCGAGUCUGAUAGCAAACAGUUGUAAAGCAGUUUCAAUUCUAGGCUGCCCUGAUCCCAAAGUUCAUGAGAUUGCGUACCAGUAUGGAAAAAACGUUGGCAUAGCUUUUCAGCUGAUAGAUGAUGUGCUGGAUUUUACAUCGUGUGCUGACCAUUUGGGGAAACCAACAGCAGCAGAUCUCAAGCUUGGAUUGGCCACAGGCCCCGUCUUAUUUGCUUGUCGACAGUUUCCAGAAAUGAAUGCUAUGAUAAUGAGGAGAUUCAGUAAGCCAGGAGAUGUUGAACGUGCAUGGAAAUAUGUGUUGCAGAGUGAUGGUGUGCAGCAAACCACCUACCUCGCCCAGCGCUACUGCCACGCGGCCACGCGCGAGAUCCGCAAGCUGCGGCCGUCCCCCGAGAGAGAGGCCCUGGUGCACCUGACAGAAAUGGUUCUCAUGCGAGACAAGUGAGAGAACUCCUUCCACUCCUUCUGGCAGCUACUUUACCAGACUGUGCCUACAUUUAUUUCAAAAGUUAUUUGCUUCCAACACAAGCUACCAAAAAUUAUUUUUUUAAAAGAAAACCUCCCCUUUUUUUUUUUUUGGAAGUUUUACUUUCUUUUUUUUUUAAACAAAAGUUUAAAGUGUUUUACUGCAGGAAGCCAUGCAAUUCAGAGCAAAUCAAACUGUGCUGUACAAUUGUUUUAGUGGGGGCUAUUGAUUGUGGGGGAUGGGGAAGAUGUUUACAUGUUGAUGCACGAAGGCCACAAUGAGAAUAAAUAUAAAUCAGUGUAUGAAAACUGAAGCUGUUCCAAAUUUCACUUGUUUACACUAAUAAAGAGAGCAUGCAUGUA